AAAAAGUACUAACAUUGUACUAUUAAAAAUAAAUUGUACUAUUAAAAAAUUUUUGAUAUUUGACAGAUUGUAUAGUGGCGGUAAGGUUGAGAUUAUUGUAAUUGUUAUAAUAUAAAUAGGUCAUAUUCUUAUAAAAAGUUAAGUAAUUUAAAACAUAAAAUAGUGUAAUUUAGAAUUAUAUAAUUUUGGAGCCGAGAUGUCCUUACGACCAUCGCAAAAAAAACAAUCUUCACUUCUUGGGUUCUUUCCAAAAAGUAAAGAAGAAGAAAAUUUAAAUAAAAACUUAACAAAUAGUGAUAAAACUAACAAAAUAAAACGGAAGAAGUCGUCGAGUGUAAUAUAUUUAGAUUCAACAGACUCAGAAGAUGAUGAUUAUGAAGAUUUUGCAGUACCUCCUCCUAAUAAAAAACAAAGUCCCCCGUCUAAGAUAUUAAAAACCAAGGAAUUUGAUAUUACUAAUUCGCCAAUAAGCAAAUCUAAAUUAGAUGAAAAUGAUUUAUCAAUUAACAUAGAUAAUAUAUUAAAUCAGGAUAAAAAAUAUCAAUCAGAAUUAUCAAAACUCGAAGAAAAUUUGAAAAAAAUUCAAGAUUUUAAUGCUAGCCCUCAAAAAAAUUCAUUUUUGGAAUCAUCAUUAUUUUUAGAAAAUUCUCUUAAAAAUUGUACAUCUGAUUAUGAAGAAAAAAAGUCAAAUUUAAGAACAGAAACAAUUAACAAAAAUUAUAAUUCACCAACUAUUACUGAAAUAUCUACAAUUUCCUUAAGUGAUUCUUUAAAUUCAAUCAAAUCAAUAAAAUCAAGCACACCUUCGUUAUUAAGGAGUAUUAAUCAAAAUAAACCAAAAAAUAUUUACAACAAAAUUGAUGAGAAUGAUAGUACAAAAAAUAAUAAGAACAAACUAAAUAAAGAAAACAAUACGAAAACAGUUAUUACAUCUUUAGGCAAAAAUUGUCCAAUACUCACUGAAGACUUGAUACAAUCACCUAAAUCAAAUGAAGAAAAGUUCUCGCAAAACAACUUAUGUGAUAAACCAAAUGAGAAGUAUACCGUUAACAAAAAUAAUAUCGCGUCGACGCCAGAUAGAUCCGAAAGCCAUUCUUCACAAGCAAUUUCUGAACCUGAUCCACUUUUAAAGGAUACCAAAAAUAUUGACUCGAAAAUAUCAGUUAAAUUUGAUGAAAAGUUAAAUGAUUUUAUGUGUGAUUUAAUUAAAUCUGAUGAAUAUACAAAUAAAAAUGAGACUGAAGUAACUGUUCUUAAAAAACAAUUGAAAUUUUUUCAAAAUAAUUAUACAUCUCUUCUCGAAAAAUAUUGUUCUAUUAUCGAUCAAAUUCCAUCUGAAUUUUUCAAACAAAUAAGUGGCUUCGAAACGAACAUUUUCUUGAAACUUAAAGUUCUGAAGCAAAAAUUCCGUGCAAAAACUAAACUAACUCAAAAUCAAAUAUCGAGAGUGGAAAGAAAUAGAGAAGAACAAAUGCAAUGUGAUAUUCCAUCUUAUGAAGAAGAGCAGGAAAUUUAUGCGGAAAUUAAGAACACAGAAAGUCACAAUAAAAUUAAUACUAAUGUUUUCUCAAAACCUUCAAUUAACACAAAUUCUAUUCAUCAAAAUGAUAUUCCUUCGUAUGAUGAACAACUUGGCCUAAUUGAAAAGUUUAACUCAAAUAAAGAAUCUAAUUUAAAAAGUAAUACUCAAAUACAUUUUAAUCCUAAUAAUUAUAUUAAUGAAGCGACAAAAGUACAAAGCCCAAGCAACUUUCAAACAUUAAAAAACUUCAAUAAAGUUGUCAAUAGCACUAUAUUGGAUAUCAGUGACGAGGAAGAAUACAACAAAAACAACUCAACGAUAAAUUCUAAAAGAAAAACCUACAACGGUAAUGAUGAGAAUGACGACAUCGAAUACAUUUUGAAUAAUGUACGUGAUGAAGAAUUAAGUCUCAAGGGUAAAAAAUCAGAUUAUAAUGAUUUAUACUAUGGUGCUUUGGAUCAAGAAAAUUCUAACACAAAAUAUCAGUCACUGAAACCAAGAAUUUCGUUUGCAAGUUCUAAUAUUAACGAUACAUCUCAAAGUAUAGUUGAAAUUGAAAGCCAAGUUCCAACAGAUGAGGACGGAUGGCAACAGUAUAAUAUUGAUGAUUUUACAGAACCCGUCAUAUCUAAAAUUCUACCCACUUCCUCCAAAAAAGUUAAUCCUAGUGCAACGUCCACUAUUUGUCAAAAGGUUACUGGAAAUUUCCAUUCAAACGUACAAAACGAUGGAAUCACAGGAGAAUUCGACGGUCUCAACUAUGAAUUUUCAGAACGGCUUAAAGAUGCAUUUUCAUUUUAUUUUGGUCUUAAAAGUUUUCGUCCUAAUCAAUUGCAAGUAAUAAAUGCAGCACUUUUAAAUAAUGAUUGUUUUGUUUUGAUGCCAACUGGUGGUGGCAAAUCACUGUGUUAUCAAUUACCAGCAUUGAUAACAGAAGGUGUAACCAUUGUUAUUAGCCCUUUAAAAUCUUUAAUUUUAGAUCAAGUUAACAAACUUUCCUCACUGGAUAUUUACGCAAAAAACUUAUCUGGAGAUCAAACUAUGGACGAAGCAAGAGGAGUUUAUGUGGACCUUGAAAUGUCUCCACCAAAAAUCAGGGUGCUAUAUGUGACACCAGAAAAAAUUGCAAGUUCACCUAAAUUUCAGGACAUGUUGGACAAAUUAUACAGUAGGAAUUUCAUUAGCAGAUUUGUUGUAGAUGAAGCUCAUUGUGUAUCACAAUGGGGUCAUGAUUUUCGACCAGAUUACAAAAAAUUAGCUGUGCUCAGGCAAAGAUUUCCUACAGUGCCAAUUAUGGCGUUGACAGCAACCGCAACACCUAGAGUACGUCUAGAUAUCUUACAACAAUUAGGAUUAAAGAAAUGCAAAUGGUUCUUAUCAAGCUUUAAUCGUGUUAAUCUUAAAUAUUCAGUCCUUCCUAAAAAAGGAGCAUCCACUAUAGAAGAUAUGAUAAAAUUGAUAAAAAUGAAAUUUCCACACGAAACUGGAAUUAUUUAUUGUUUAUCAAGAAAGGAGUGUGAUACUGUAGCCACAACUUUAUUUAAAUCAGGUAUUAAAGCGUCAAGUUAUCACGCUGGUUUAACUGAUUCACAACGUGAGUCAAUUCAAAAAGAUUGGAUCACAAAUAAAUUUAAAGUUAUAUGCGCUACUAUUGCUUUUGGAAUGGGAAUAGAUAAACCGGAUGUACGAUAUGUUCUCCAUUAUAGUAUUCCCAAGUCAAUUGAGGGUUAUUAUCAGGAAUCAGGAAGAGCUGGACGAGAUGGAGAAUUAUCACAUUGCAUUUUAUAUUAUAAUUAUUGUGACAUGCAAAGAUUUAAGAAAAUGAUUGACGGUGAACGAAAUGUUAACUACGAAACAAAACAAAUUCAUCAUCAAAAUUUAAAAAGAAUAGUUGGUUAUUGUGAAAAUAUAACAGAUUGUAGGAGAAGUCAACAAUUAGAAUAUUUUGCAGAAUAUUUUACCAGUGAGCAAUGUCUUGAAAAUAUUGAAACGGCUUGUGAUAAUUGUUUAAAUAAAGGAGAAUAUCAGAAAAUAAACGCUACUGAUCAUUGUAAGGUUAUAGCCAAGGCAGUUAAGGAUAUUUGUUCAAAAGGGUCAUUUACAUUACUUCACAUAGCGGACGUAUUGAAAGGAUCGCAAAUUAAAAAAAUUGUAGACAAUCAUCAUGAUAAAUUAUCGUACUGGGGUCAUUUUAAAAAUUGGGAAAAGCUUGAUAUCCAAAGAUUAAUGAGACAAAUGACCAUUGACGAAUUUUUACAAGAACAUAUGAUUUUUAUACGUGACAUACCACAGUCAUAUAUAAAAAUUGGUCCUAAAAUCGGAAAACUCAUGAACAAUCAAGUGCAAGUUGAUUUCGUUAUCAAAUCAAAUAAGAAAAAACUCGAUAUAACAAAAGAUAAACCAAGCUCAUCUAAACCAGAAUCUUCUUCAAAAACUAAUGCCAGUAUCAAAAAUCAUCCUCAACUUAAAGAAAUUUACGAAAAAUGUUAUUAUGAAUUACUGGAAUUGUGUCGAGAAAUUGCUGCUCAAAAAAAUAUUAAUAUUGCUAGUGUGAUGAAUAUGCAAGCAUUGAAAGCUAUGUCAGAAUUGUUACCUGAAUCAGAGAAGGAUAUGCUAUCAAUUCAACAUGUUACUAAAGCAAACUUUGAUAAAUAUGGAGCCAAAUUACUUGAAAUAACUACAAAAUAUGCAGCAGAAAAAAUUUGUAUUUUGAUUGAGUUAGAAGAACAAGAAAGUGCUAAGCGUACACCUAAUAUUAAUAGCACUAAUUUUGAUAACGAUUAUGAUGACGGAACUGACUGGGAUGCCUUAGGUAUUAAUUCAUCGCAAACUUCGGAAUCUCGUGGAACAAAACGGAGACGGGGUUGGGGCGGUGCUGCAGUUGCAAAAAGAUAUCGAGGAAGAAAAAAGUACAGUCCCAAAAAGAAAGCCAUAAAGAAACAAUUUGCAAACUCCACAAGCACUUCGACUUCGGCCCCAACUAGAAAUUACAAACCUAAAUCAAACACUACCAAAUCAAAGAAUACAAAUUCUACUGCUUCUACAAGCAGAAGUCGGAAUUUUCAAUUUUUACCAAUACCUGCCAAAAUAAUGAAAAGCUGAAUAUUAAAGUGUAUACAUAUAAAUACAUCCCAAUAUACAUGUUUAUAAUUUUUUUAAUGUAACUAUUUA